AUGGCUGUGAACUCUCUGCACCUGCUCCUCAAUACUUUGGAUGAGUUGAAGAAGAAAGACCUGAAGCGGUUCAGGAUGUACCUGUCUGAGAGGACGGUGGAGGGGUUUGAGCCCAUCCCCAGAGGAAAGCUGGAGGACAGUGACACUACUGAUGUUGCCUCUAUAAUGACGGAUGCAUAUGGGGAGGAAGGCAGAGUGGAAGUGACUCUGACCAUCCUGAGGAAGAUGAGCCUCAACAACCUUGCAGACAAACUAGAAGAGAGCUCAGAGAAGGGUUGUGAUUCUCUGGCUUCAGCUCUGACUUCAAACCCCUCCCAUCUAAAAGAGUUAGAUCUGAGCUACAAUCAUCCUGGAGAAUCAGGACUGGAGCUGUUAUCUGCUAGACUGGAGGAUCCUGUGUGUAAACUGACACUUAAAACUGACCAUGCGUCUUUAGACAGACCACGUUUGCUGAUAUAUGCCGGCGAGCUCACACUGGACCCAAACACAAUAAACAGAUUUCUCUCCCUCUCUGAUGGGAACAGAAAGGUGACGCGUGUUAGGGAGGAGCAGCCGUAUCCUGAACACCCGGAGAGAUUUGACGUGUAUCCUCAGGUGUUGUGUAGAGAGGGUCUGACUGGACGCUGCUACUGGGAGGCUGAGUUGAGUGGGACCAAUAGAGGAGCUGGUAUAUCUGUGGCCUAUAAAAGCAUCAAGAGGAAAGGUGGGGAUGAUGACGUCAUAAUGGGACAGAAUGCCAAGUCCUGGAGUCUGAUCUGCUCUCCUGACAGUUACCAUGUCUGCCACAACAACGAAGAGACUGACAUACCUGCCCCCUCCUCCGACUCUAGUGGAGUGGGAGUGUACCUGGACUGGCCGGCUGGCACUCUGUCCUUCUACAGCGUCUCCUCUCACACACUCACCCACCUGCACACGUUCCACUCCACAUUCACUGAGCCCCUCUGUCCAGGGUUUAGGGUUUAUUAUUCUGGCUCCUCAGUGUCUCUGUGCCAGAUCACAUGAGUUCCACCUCCAACAGUUACACCUGCCUGGCACAAUAAUACAGACCCAGACA